UUUCGAGGGUAUUUACGUUCAAAUUGAUCAUAUGGAGAAGACAAAAAUGAAGAAAUAAAUUAAGUGAAAAGGUGUUUAUUGUUUUAAAGAACAAACAUGACGACUGAAACUGUUAAUGUAACAACUGUUACUGCCAAUGGUAAUGCUAAUGUUAAUACUGCGACGACGAUGACAACGACGACAACGACGAGUUUAGGGAAAAACACAGAAACACAGAAGAAAAACAGGAUACAGGUCUCCAACACCAAGAAGCCUCUUUUCUUUUAUGUCAAUCUUGCUAAGAAAUACAUACAACAAUACGAAGAGGUUGAACUUUCGGCUUUGGGCAUGGCUAUAACUACUGUUGUUACAAUUGCUGAGAUCCUCAAGAACAAUGGUCUAGCCAUUGAGAAAAAGGUUGUCACAUCCACAGUUGCAAUGAAAGAUGAGACCAGGAACAAACAAGUUCAGAAAGCCAAGAUUGAGAUUGUGCUGGGAAAGACAGAUAAGUUUGACAGUCUGAUGACGAACAACACAGCUUCCGCGGCUGCAGCUGCUACGGAUCAGCCAACAGCUGCAGGGACACAGAAGGAUCAAAAGAAUCAGUAGAAGCCUUCAAGGCUGCUUCUUGUAGACUUGUAGUAUAAUGUGUUUAUAACUUUUCGUACCUGAAGUUUCGUUAGGUGCAGGCGUAGUUAGUUCUUUCUGGUUCAAGCUCGAAACUGCUGCUGCCAUGCAUAUGUGAAGACAACAAGAUGUUCUUGAUGGACAAGUGGUUGCUAGCUCAUAUCAAUGUAUAUACAAGUCGUGAAGUUAUAGUUUUUAAGAUUAGUGUAUGCCUGUGUGAUGAUUACUAUUCAAAUAAUAUUCAAGAAGUUUAUGGUUCGAACA